GAACUGCUACUACCAUCAGCCUCUUGAAAAAAAGUUCAUUAAGUUUUCACACCACAACUUUACUGUAGUCUACUCUCCGAAACUGAUAUGGCUGCAAUGAAUAGCUGGUUGAUUUCAUGCAUUGUUUUAGUUCAUUUCGCUUAUUUGGGAUCUUGUGAUUCGGGCUCUGAAAUAGAUGGAGCCCAUCCCGAGCUCUUCAUUUUCCACGAGUUGUGUGCCCUAAAGAAGGAUGAAGGGCCCUGCAAGGUGUUAAAGGAGCGCUUCUAUUUCGAAAUUGACACGGGCCACUGCGAGUCCUUUGAGUUCGGUGGCUGCAGAGGCAACGCCAACAAUUUUGAGACCUUGGAAGCUUGUGAGGGAAUGUGCCUGGUGUCUGCUGACAAGAGUCCCUGUCACCUGGAUGAGGCUCCGGGGCCAUGCCGAGGUCUGGUGACGCGCUACUUCUUUGACAGCCAGAGCCAGGAGUGCAAGCACUUCUACUACGGAGGCUGCUUCGGCAACGCCAAUAACUUCAAGAGUAUGAAAGAGUGCCGGGCCAGGUGCCAGAACCCAGAUGAGUUUGCUUUAAGCACCUCCAACAUGCAGCAGAAUCUUCAACACCAGGCCACAGACUUCAGUCCUCCAGAGUUCUGUCUCAGUACCAAUGACAAGGGCACGAUGUGUGACAGAGAGGAGAGGAGAACGGGAAGGAGAUAUGCAUACAACCCCAAGACAAAGAGAUGUCAUUGGUUGCGUAACAGGGGCUGUGGGGGCAACAAUAACAACUUUGUCCUCAAGAGACACUGCAUGAAGAUGUGUAUGAAGCCGAAUCCCAGUCACAAAAGGAAGACCAUCAGGAUAAAGAAGAACACCAACAUCUUAUUUCAUACUGUCUAAAUCAAGGCCUUGUAUUAAAUCAUUCUUACACUACUUUUUAAUUACACUUUAUUUUUUAAUUCUUAUUUGACUGUGGUAUUAUGUGGUCGUCUUAGAGCAAUUGUAUAAAAGGCUUGUUUUGGCCUAUUAUGUAAUUUUGUUAUUUGAACCUUUUAGCUCUUUGUAUGAGGAGUGGUUUUGUAAUAUCAAAAUUGUAGACAUUUUUUCCCUUGUCACAUCCUAAAAACCGGUAUAUCAUUGUCAUUUUUUUCCUGAGGACACCAGACAAGUUUGUUUUUAUUGACAAAUGAUUAACAUUACGGAACCCAAUAGCACUGCACUGCUCAUGAAAUAUAAAGCGUGAUCAUUUACAUUAUCAGUGUAAGUAUUUAAGAUCAUUCCUUCAUGUGAGUAAAUGCACAUUACAUUUUUUAACAUAGUUGGAAAGAACAUAUAUAAUCAACCAAUUGGAGCCUAAAUAAAAUGUUGCAUAGUCAUCCA